AUGAAGCUUGCAAUGGCCUCUCUGUCCUACUUCUUCAUUGUUGUUACACUCUUCAUCAUCCCUUUUUUUGGUUGUUGUGCUAAUGCACAACUCUCUCCCAACUUCUAUGCAAGAACUUGCCCAAGUCUUCCGACCAUCGUUCGCAAUGCUAUGAGUCAGGCUGUUGCCAGGGAGGCUCGGAUGGCUGCCUCGAUCCUUCGCUUAUUCUUCCACGACUGCUUUGUAAAUGGUUGCGACGCUUCCAUACUAUUGGAUGACACGGCCACCUUCACCGGUGAAAAGAAUGCAUUCCCAAACCAGAACUCAGCCAGGGGAUUUGAAGUCAUUGACACCAUCAAAACCCGAGUGGAAGCUGCUUGUAAUGCUACUGUAUCUUGUGCAGAUAUUUUAGCACUCGCAUCCCGGGAUGGAGUUGUCUUGCUUGGUGGAACCUCAUGGACGGUAGCCUUAGGCCGAAGAGAUGCAAGAACAGCAAGCCAAAGCGAUGCCAACAACCAACUCCCCUCCCCCUUCGACAACCUCGCAACCCUAAUCUCGAGUUUCGCAGCGAAAGGCUUAACCGCCAGCGAUCUGACCGUGCUCUCCGGUGGCCACACAAUAGGCCAGUCUCAGUGUUUUCUCUUCAAAACCCGCAUAUACAACGAGACCAACAUUGACCCCAGCUUUGCCACCACUCGUAAGGCUACAUGUCCGGCUUCCGGUGGCGAUACGAAUCUUGCUCCCUUCGAUAUAACCCCGACUCGUUUCGAUAAUAACUACUACAAGGCCCUCGUGGCUCGUCGUGGUCUUCUUCAUUCCGAUCAGGAGCUCUUCAACAGCGGGAGUCAGGAUGCCUUGGUUAGAACGUAUAGUAACAACGCCGCCGCGUUUUCGAGAGAUUUUGCUGCAGCCAUGGCGAAGAUGAGCGCUAUUAGUCCUCUAACUGGGACAAAUGGAGAGAUCAGGAAGAAUUGCAGACUAGUGAACUAA